AUGAGCGCGAUUCUUUCCGUCGACGACCUAAACGACUUCAUCUCCCCGGGGGUGGCGUGCAUAAAGCCCAUCGAGACGCUGCCGGCGGCGCGGGAGCAGGAGCAGGGGCAGCACGAGACGGGCGUCAUUCUCGACGGGCAGCAGCCGCAGGUGGGCGGUGCUCCGGCAGCGCAGAUAUCGCUGACGGACUGCCUCGCGUGCUCGGGGUGCGUCACGUCCGCGGAGGCGGUGCUCGUCAGCCUCCAGAGCCACGCGGAGGUGCUGGCGACGCUCGACGCGGCGCCGGCGCUGAGAGGGCGCGCGGCUGUUUGUCGCGAGCGGCGCAUGCUGGAGCGGUUGUUGCGCACCGAGCGCUGGGGGCUCGCGGGCGGCGGGAGGUGGAGGAACGGCUUCACCUGGGUCGUUGACACCGACGUCGCGAGGGAGGCGGCGCUUGUUCUGGGCGCCGACGAGGCUCUCGGGGCCCCGGCCGCCCCUGGGAGCGGUGCGCCCGCGCCCGCGCCGCCCGUCCUGUCGUCUGCGUGUCCUGGCUGGGUGUGCUACGCGGAGAAGACGCAUCCUCAUGUCCUGCCGCACUUGUCCAGGGUCAAGUCGCCGCAGGCGCUCAUGGGCACCUUGCUCAAGACGACGCUGAGUAGGAAACUGGGCAUCCCACCCAGUCGGAUAUGGCACCUGGCCGUCAUGCCAUGUUUCGACAAGAAACUCGAGGCCAGCCGGGAGGAGCUUACGGACGAGGUGUGGGCGGCAUCGGGACUUCCGGGACGAGGUGUGAGGGACGUGGACUGCGUCAUCACGAGCAGGGAGAUCAUCAUGCUGGCCGAAUCAAGGGGACUCAAUUUCUUCGAUAUCCCGUGCGCCGAAGACGACGACACCGCCGGCUCUCUAGCUGAACCUGCGAUCCCGUUUCCCGACGCGCGAAUACAUAACUUCCUGUUCCCCGCUCGAGCCGCCCGCAGAGUCCCGCGCAUGGCAGGUUCCUCGGGCGGCCUGCUCCAUCACAUCUUGCAGUGCAAAGCUGCACAAAUUCCUGGCUCUGAAAUCCAAGCGACGCGCGGUCGUAAUGCAGAUGUUGUUGAGUUUGUGGUGGCCGUCGACGGCGAGCCCGUGUUCAAAGCCGCCCGCUACUACGGAUUCAGGAACAUUCAAAACUUGGUUCGGAGGCUGAAACCUGCUCGUCCGUCCCGGAUGCCCGGCGGCAGACCGUUUGGCAGCGCCCGACGACCGACGGGCAAGUCAGCGUCUCUUGACUACGGCUACGUCGAGGUCAUGGCGUGCCCGGGAGGUUGCACCAACGGCGGGGGUCAGCUCAAGGCUGAUGAUCUCGUCGUUCGGGGGAGGAAGAAAUCUGCGGACAAACCGGGCCCUCAGGAACAAAAGGAGUGGCUGGCGGAAGUCGACGAGGCGUACUUCUCAGGUGAGGAAGUGGACGGCGCGGUUAAAGUAAAUGGUAAUGAUGAUGGUGCUCGAAACAGCGAGGAUGUGGUGGGCGGCAUCUCUCACUCGUAUAUACAUGAUACCCUGGCGUACUGGUGUGAGGCAACGGGCAUUAGCAUAGAUAGACUUGCAUUCACGACGUAUCGCGAGGUCAUAAGCGACGUCGGAAAGGGGACUGGAGCCGAAAACGUGGUUCAGUUGGCUGGUAAGGUUGGCGGGGGGUGGUAG